AUGACGAAUCUGAAAGUAAUGUCUCUUGGUCGCAACAAGUUUGAGGGACUCCUUCCUCCGUGCCUCAAUAAUUUGACAUCUCUCGGUGUACUUGAUCUUCAAUACAAUGGUUUUGAAGGAACCUUCCCUUCUGAACUCUUUCAUUCGCCCAACUCCCUCACAUUCAUUACUUUAAAUGAAAACUCUUUCACUGACAUAGCAUCACUUUCUCUGUUUGCCAACCACAUCAACCUUCAAGUCUUCAUAAUUUCUUGCUCUAAUAACCCCAAUCUCAAGCUUGAAACUGAAUACCCCCAAUUCCUCCCUUCCUUCCAAUUAAAUAUUUUCAGUGUAUCCAAAUGCACUAGGAAUGGAGCAAGCAAUCACAGAAUACCCUCUUUUCUUCUCCAUCAAUUUGACUUGAGAGUUCUGCAGCUUGCCCAUUUGAAUCUUUCGGGAAGUUUCCCAAAGUGGGUUUUGACAAACAACACCAAAUUAGUUUCUCUUAGUGUCAGCUACAACUUCUUGACUGGCCCCUUUGAGCUUAACUCUCCGUCAAAAUUAUUUGACAUGCGAUAUUUUGAUGCUUCCUCUAACCAUGUUAAUGAUGAAAUCCCUCCUCAUAUUGGAUUUGUUCUUCCCAACCUGCUUUCUCUGAACAUGUCUUCGAGUUCAUUACAGGGUGGAUUUCCAGCUUCACUCGCUGACAUGACGCAGCUGAACUGGCUAGACUUGUCCCAUAACAAUUUGUCUGGCUACUUGCCUCAUGAAUUUGGUAAGGGUACCAAUGACUUGAGGUUUCUCAAGUUGUCAAACAACAACUUAAGUGACCCAUGUUUACCAGAAGGUUCAAAUUUCACACAUUUAUUCUAUGUGGAUCUAAGCAACAACAACUUCAAAGGAAAAGUACCGGAUGGGAUCAGUAAGAGUUUAGAAUUAAGAAUGUUGGAGUUAAGUGCAAAUCAACUAUACGGUGAAAUGCCUAGCUGGAUUGGAAACUUUAAGCAUUUGGGUCAUCUCAUUUUAUACCAAAAUUCUAUGACAGGUCCGAUACCUGAAAGCUUUUGCAAUUUAGCUGAGCUCAAAUACCUAGACCUUUCUCAAAAUAGAUUCAAUGGAACUUUGCCCAGCUGCCUAAACAUGUCACCACUGAGGUACUUGCAUUUACGAAGCAAUGAUUUCACAGGACCCAUACCUUCUGUUUUGACAGAAUCUCCCUUGCUGUUAACUUAG